UCAUUUGGUUCGUUAAUAAUAAUUAUGCUACUAGCCGUCUUAUUGUUGUAUAUACUAUGAGCGUCCGACACGCGUGUUCGUUUUAAAAACGUAUUUUAUGUUAUUUAGUUUUUAAUUUCUUAUACGAUUUUUCACCCCGAUCACUUUCCGACUGGAUGACCGGUCAAAUUUGUUUUAUUGCAACUUUCGAUGAUUGCUGCCUAAUCUGACCGACGGUUAACAUGGGGGUAUUUCCUAUUUGAACUUUUGAUAAUAAUCGUUGGUCCGUAAACGUCGGAAAGUCGCGCAAAGUACAAAUACGUCAAAAUUGCUUGCUUAUUGGCAUCGCAUCUUUCCCCUUUGGGUAUAUAGUGAGUAGUGACAGACCAAUUCUCGGGUUUCAUCUAAAAUAUCACUGUGGAAAGGAAAUGUCUAAGCUAUUGAUUUCUGAACUACUUUUUUGUUUGUCGGGUUACAUUAAGUAGUAUACUCUUUUAAUUUAACUGACCUCUUUUAUAUAGUUAGCUGCUAUUUUUUGAAAUCAAUUGUUUAAUUGUUACCGGAUAUUUUACUUAGUUCUACCUUAUCCACGAAAAAAGGUCUAAAUAACAUUAAUUUUCUCAACAGUCACACAUGAUAUAUGCCGUAUACAAAAAGCGUUUUAUCUAAUUUUUACAUUAGUACCCAGACAGCAAUUUAGUAACGUUUAUAUUAUAAUAAUAAUGUAUAUUAAAUUAUGUUAAAAUAUUUAAAUACAAAUGUUAUUAUAUUAUUAUAGAAACAUUUAUUUGAUAUCAUUAUUUGAAAAACAUUUUUUAAACAUUACCAUAAUAUUCAGUUUUAAUUUUUAUAAUUUUAAAGUUACUAUAACAUUUUACAUUUAUUAUUUGAGAAAUGUUGUAAAAAUGUGGUUUUGAAAAUAUUGUAUACAAAUGAUUUUAAUAAUAUUUAAUUAAAAACCUGAGUAGAAUAUUAUAGUAAAUAUAUUAAAAUUAUAUGGAAUAGGUAAAAAGUAUUACAAAAGCUGUCCUCACGUUUAAAAUGAAAAAGUAAUAAGUAUACUACACUUUAUGUCUUUAUGUAUAUAAAUCCCUGGUCUGUAGACUUGAUCGAUAUAGGUACACGGACAUCUCCCAAUCAAAUACACCCAUUUGGCCAUUUAAUUUUAAUGUAUACUGUAAUGUAGGUAUCUAAUAAAAUGAUACUAAUUAUAAUUUAUGUAUUGUAUUAAAUACAUAAUUUUCCAUUAUUUGAAUUGAAUUUGUGGUAAGUAUUAUUUUAGGUAUUUUAUAUAAAUUCAUGUGUUCAUGACUUAUGAAAUUAUGAUAAUAAAACUGUUAAAUAUUAUUUUAUACGUCGGUGAACUGUGCACAUUACUACGUAACUAUAACUUGGAUAUUUUCAAUUUUGUAUAAUAAAAUUAUAUAAAUAACAAGACUAGUCGUGCUUAAUGCUUAUCUCAGUAUUAUCGAUAGUACACGACACGCGUAUGCCGUCUCUAUGGACAGUUUGUAUUUACCCAGCUUGCCGUCAAAAAAUAUAUUUUUAGAUUUCUCAAAAUUCUAUGAUAUUAUUGUUUUUGAACGCGGAUUAUUGUGACGCGGAGUGGCGGAGUGGCGGAGUGUUGAUACCAGUUCGCGGCAGUGCCUAAAGAUUAAACAUUUAACGAUUUAACGUUUUAACUAUUUAUCCGCACGCCAUUACGACGAUACGUGUCUUCUUUCACACUACAGUUUACACUACAGUAACAGUGUGAACUAUUAUUACCAAAACCAAAUAUUGGAUUUUAUGCUGUUUGUGAUGGAUGAUCAAAUAGGAUGGAUUAUUGUUGAGUUUGUUGAUGAUGAAAGUGUUGAAGUGGUACCAAACUGUUGGUUAAAAAAUAAUUCUUGCGCUUGGCCUAAAGCUUCUAAACAAGCGAAAAAAUAUGUCCAAAAAAGAAUUAAGCCAAAUAUGAAUGAUUUUAUAUUUUACAAAUCCAGACAAAUUGGACAUAAAGUUUAUAGUUCAUAUAAUGAAGCAAAAAUAAAAUUGCCAUUGGCAAUGCAUAAAUCAGACUUAUCAAGUGCUGAUGACAUUAUUGAUGGUAUGACAAAAAGAAAAAGGAAAUUUCCUUAUUAUAGAGGUCAAAGUUUGUCUCCUGCCACAACUAUAAAAUCAAAAAAACUUGAAAAAGUUAAUAAUUCAAAACAAAUAAAAAUGUCUUCUAAUAGCUGUCCCCCUCGUUAUCACGAUGUUUCUCAGUCAGUUAAUUUAAACGAGGAAACAAAUAUUUUUGAACCUUCUGAUGAUUCAAAUGAUGUGUCUUAUGACUCGGACAAAGAUCCUCUUUGGAAAAUCGAUAAAAGCCAAAGCAAAUCUGUUAUUGAUGGUAUUAAUUGUAUAACACCUGAAAAACAUGCCUCUUCAUUAGUUAAUAAACCCAUUGAUGAUAUAGAACAUAUAAUUUCAUCUCCUGUUGGGACUUGGACGGUUGAAAAAAAUGAGGAUACACAAUUAUUAUAUAAAACAAGUUCUGAUCGAAAUAGUAUCAAAGUUAAAAAAAUAUUAUUUUGUGAUCAAAAUAUUGAAAACACAGGAUCAUCUGGUAUUACAGCUAAUAUUUUAAAACUGCCACAAGAUACUACAAUUUUACAAAACCAGCCAAAUAUAUCUAAUGAUUUUCAACGGUUUAUUACUAACACUUUGGUAAAUAUGAAAUAUGACAUUGGCAGCAUUUUAAGUAUUGUACAAUCAAACAGUAUUAAUAUUAAUACAUUGAUGGCUAAUAAAAAUACAUCAGCCAAAAAUAUCACAAAUCUUGACAACAUAUUUCCUAUUAAAAAUCAUGAUGAAUUAGAGUCAUUGGAAAUAAAAAUUAAGACUGAUGAAAACUUUAAAAAUACAUUGGUUACUCAAUUAUCAGUGUUAAUAGAUGUUAAUGAUCUUGGAAAUAGUGUUCGAAGAAUUGUUUCAAGAAUGUUAAGUGAUGUUUUGCUAUCUAAUUAUUCGUUACAUGGAUUUAAGUCUAAGCUAUGUUUUUCAGGCUUAAAUACCUAUCGUGUUAUUAUAGAUGCUAUACGAGUUAACGUCAAGUACAGUGUUGUUCCUGAAAAAGAAAUAGAUAACUCAUUAGGAAUUUGGCUAUCCCAUGCUCCAUUCCGCAUUAAAAAAGUAUCCCAAAAACAAGAAAAACUCUCAAGAAGCCUUUUAUGAAGUUAAUAUAUUUAAAAGAUUAUGUUAUCAUUAUUAUUAUAUUAUUUACAUUUUUUUAAAUUCUUAGAUUUGUAUCUUACAAGUUUGCAGUUUUUAUUAUUUAAUAUUUGCUAUUUUAAUGAAGUUAAUAUUGGGUAUAUAUUAUACUACUCACCAGUUAUUAUUUUUAUUUUUGUGUUAGAUCAUAAUAUUAUAUAAAUAUAAAUUAAAAUAUUGAUAUUCCAAUAUUAUAUUAAA